UCUUAACGAACACAAAAUUAAAUAAUAAAAAAAAAAAAAGGUUAAAAACAUUUGAAAAAAUCUACUUCUUUUAGGCCUUCUAAAUAAUGCUUUCCACAUAUCAGCAUGACUAUGUACCGCCAAAUACAAAGCGGUAUGAGUUUAUGAGCCACCUAAAGACCCACGAUGGCCUUGGCGGCGAAAAAAUUGUGGAAUGUGAGUGUAUAGAGGAUGACAAGAUUAAGGCGCAUCCAGAUGCAGUCAAGAACUGCGCGGGCGUUGAAUGGACGGGCGUAGCGCCAAUGGGGCGGUUGGUAGAUCCACGUUUGAUACCAACUGAAUUGCCGCAGGAUCAGAUCGACCAAAUGGCAAUGUCACCGGAGUCCGAUUGCAUGAAGCUGCAGCCGAAUCGGUUCCUAAAAAUCUUACGCAACGUCUACCCAGAUUUGUAUGAGCGCCUUAAGUUAAUGCCAAAAGAAGAAUUGAGUCGAAGAAUAGACUCGAAUCGCAUGUAUACGACCUAUCAAAUCGACUAUUGCGAUGUUAACGAGUAUCCUGAGGGUAUUUACGAUAGUUUGAAACCAAAAGACGAGGUAUCCAAAAUAAAGUCUGAUAAGCUGAUGGCGAAUAAGGCGCCGUGCUCCGAGUUCCGUUCGGAUGUGGUGAAGCAGUUAGAGCGAGAAAAUUCCACCGGCUAUGAAGUGAAAGCCGAUGAGUGUGAGCAGGCGUAUAAGCCAUUCCAGGCAACUUUCUCAGACUCCUCGCGAUUUGUGAACUCUGGUAAUAACUCGCAUUGGAAGACGGCGUCCAGCACAUUCAGCAAGGCGCCGAACUUUACGGAAUAUAUGGACUCCAUCAGUCGCAAUGGUUGCAUUAUAAUGCGAAACAAACUGCACGACCACUCCAAAUGCUUGGCGAAACAUUGUAGGCACGAGAUUCGGUUCAACUGCACCGACAUGAAGCCUUGAUCUUGCCAAUACUUCGUUCCUUUCAUUCUACGUAUGCACGUGUAAUCUUUCUCUACUCUCCCUUCAUAUGUACAAGUU